AUGUCUUACGGCGGCGGUUACGGCGGCUCGCGCGGCGGCGGCGGUGGCUACUCCAAUGGCGGCCACCGUGAUGGCGGCUACUCCAACGGGUACGGCUCUCAUGGUGGUGGUUACGGCGGCGGCUACGGCGGUGGUGGCGGUGGCUACGGCGGCGGCUACGGUGGCGGCGGCGGUGACCGCAUGUCUGCCCUCGGCGCCAACCUGCACAAGCAAGAGUGGGAUAUGGAUGCCCUCCCCAAGUUCGAGAAGUCCUUCUACAAGGAGCACCCCAGCGUCACCGAGCGCUCGUCUGGCGAGGUCGAGAAGUUCCGUCGCGAGCACUCCAUUGCUGUCACUGGCAAGGACGUCCCUAAGCCUGUCGAGACCUUUGACGAGGCUGGAUUCCCCCGCUAUGUUAUUGACGAAGUCAAGGCCCAGGGCUUCCCUGCUCCCACUGCCAUUCAGUCCCAGGGCUGGCCCAUGGCUUUGUCUGGACGUGACGUUGUCGGUAUUGCCGAGACCGGUUCCGGAAAGACCCUGACCUACUGUCUGCCCUCCAUUGUUCACAUCAACGCCCAGCCCCUGCUGGCCCCGGGUGACGGCCCUAUCGUCCUCGUCCUCGCCCCUACACGUGAGCUUGCUGUCCAGAUCCAGCAGGAGAUUACCAAGUUCGGUAGAUCCUCGCGCAUCCGCAACACUUGCGUGUACGGCGGUGUGCCCAAGGGUCCCCAGAUUCGCGACCUGUCGCGCGGUGUCGAGGUGUGUAUCGCCACCCCGGGCCGCCUGAUUGACAUGCUCGAGUCUGGCAAGACCAACCUGCGUCGGGUCACCUACCUGGUUCUCGACGAAGCCGACCGCAUGCUGGACAUGGGUUUCGAGCCGCAGAUCCGCAAGAUCAUUAGCCAAAUCCGCCCCGAUCGCCAGACCCUCAUGUGGUCCGCAACCUGGCCCAAGGAGGUCCGCAACCUCGCCUCCGAUUUCCUGACCAACUUCAUCCAGGUGAACAUCGGCUCCCUCGACCUGUCGGCCAACCACCGUAUCACCCAGAUUGUCGAGGUUGUUACCGAGAGCGAGAAGCGUGACCGCAUGAUCAAGCACCUCGAGAAGGCUCUCGAUGACAAGGAGAAGUCCAACAAGGUCCUGAUCUUCACCGGAACCAAGCGUGUCGCCGAUGAUAUCACCCGCUUCCUGCGCCAGGACGGCUGGCCCGCACUGUCCAUCCACGGUGACAAGCAGCAGAACGAGCGCGAUUGGGUUCUUGACCAGUUCAAGACUGGCAAGUCGCCCGUCAUGGUUGCCACUGAUCCUUACGUCUGCAUCCCUUCACCGUCCCCUCCACCCAUCAUCAUCUUCCCAAAAAUCUACAACGCCAACAGCAACGCGAGCUUUGUCGUGCUUUACUCUUAUGUUUAG